UUAAUAAAACUUUGUUUUUGUAUGUAUUUAGUUAUAGCUAUUGAUAUUGAUCCAAACAAGAUAAAGUUAGCACGUCAUAAUGCUGAGAUAUAUGGUGUUGCUCAUAAAAUUGAAUUUAUUGUUGGUGACUUUUUUUUAAUUUACCCGAAGUUAAAAGCCGAUGUAGUAUUCAUGUCACCGCCAUGGGGAGGACCAGGAUAUUCAAUUGAUAAUAGUUUCAGUUUAAAGUCAAUGUGUGCUAAUUAUUUCGGGGGAGGUUUUAAAAUUUUUGAUAUUGUUAAAACUAUUGCGCCUAAUAUUGCGUUUCAUAUGCCGAAAACCACAAAUAUAUUAGAAUGUAUGUGGUUGGCAAAAGAUUUUGGUCAAGUGGAAAUUCAGCAAAAUAUUAUUAAUGGAAGGCUGAAUUCACUCACAGCGUUCUAUGGAAACUUCCACUAAAGUAACUGACAGUUGUCAGCAACUUAAAAAUAUUCUUUACAGUUUUUG